AUACAUUUGUGUGAGAGUAAACUAAGCAAUAGCGAGUGUGACCGGAUGCUGAUAAUUAUCCAUGGUAUCGACGCUACCGACCUUUGUAUCGCCCAGCCUCGGCGAGGAAAAGGAGGAGGUGGUGUAAGUGGGAGUAGUAUCAGCUGAGAUUCUGCAGUGUCUUCUUCAUUCGAGCAUCUCCGUGAUGCGUUCACGGCCAAAGCCUUCCUCCUCUUUCCCGUGCGUCCUCGUCUCAGGCGCGGCGGAGAUGAAUUCUCCCGCCAACUGAACCGGACGCCAGUCCUCUUUCUCUUCCCGCCUUCAUUUCCUUCUUUCUCCCUUCUCGCGUCCGUCCGUUCGAAUGGAAGAUGGUGGCGAUAGGCGGGAGGUGUUUCAGCGACGUCCGCCUGCUGUCUCUGCAGGUCAUCGUGAUGCUCGGCGGCGCGGCGUGGCCUUCUUCGGAGGGACUCACCUUCCCUCAGCAGUACACGAUAAUGCACUGGGCGAGGCGCAUCGAGCAGGAGAUUGACAGAGUCUUUCAGCACAUCAGUGGAGCUCAGCAGCUAAAAGGGAUAUACAACGAAGAAAGAAGACGUUUUAGUUUGGUGAAGAAUCAGCCUCGAAAGAUUGUGGAGAAGGUGGCCUCAGACAUCGAGAAACUUCUGGCUAAGAAGCGCAAAGCUCUCGAAAGGUUAGCCAGAGAGGCAGAGCAGCUCCAGCGAGAGCAUUCCUGGCAGGAUGGCAUCAAGGAGCUGGACAUGGCGUACUAUGACUCCAAGGCGGAGCUGGAUUAUUAUUCCAUGGAUGGAGAAAGCGAAGUGGAGAAUCCUUCCCACAUCAAGCUGGAGUUUGUGUACGACCCCAAUUUCAAAAACAACGUCAACUAUUCCUACACGGCAGUUCAGAUUCCCACGGACAUUUACAAAGGAGCUCCGGUCAUUCUUAAUGAGCUGAACUGGACUCAGGCCCUGGACAAAGUCUUCAUGGAGAACAGUCGGGAGGAUCCGUCACUACUGUGGCAAGCAUUCGGGAGCGCCACUGGGGUGACCCGCUACUACCCUGCCAGUCCGUGGAAAGCCCCUGAUAAAAUUGACCUAUACGACGUCAGGAGGAGACCCUGGUACAUCCAGGGUGCUUCCUCCCCCAAAGACAUGGUCAUUCUUGUCGAUGUGAGCGGCAGUGUCAGCGGGCUCACAUUGAAGCUAAUAAAGGCGUCAGUGAUGGAGAUGCUGGACACUUUGUCUGAUGACGACUAUGUCAACGUGGCUCGGUUCAACGAGAAGGCGGAGGCGGUGGUUCCAUGCUUUAAACAUCUGGUACAGGCCAACGUGCGCAACAAGAAGAUUUUCAAGGAAGCAGUGCAGCAAAUGCAGGCCAAAGGCACCACCGACUACAAGUCUGGAUUUCAUUUCGCCUUCAAUCAGCUGUUAAAUAAAACAAACGUGCCCCGCGCCAACUGCAAUAAGAUCAUCAUGCUCUUCACGGACGGCGGCGAAGACCGAGCCCAGGACGUCUUCAUGCAGUACAACUGGCCCAACAAAACGGUUCGGGUUUUCACCUUUUCUGUGGGUCAGCACAACUAUGACGUCACGCCCCUGCAGUGGAUCGCCUGUACAAAUAAAGGUUACUAUUUUGAGAUUCGUUCCAUCUGCGCCAUAAGGAUUAACACCCAGGAAUACCUGGACGUCUUGGGGCGCCCAAUGGUGCUGGCGGGCAGCGAGGCCAAGCAGGUCCAGUGGACUAAUGUGUAUCAGGAUGCUUUGGGUCUUGGUAUGGUGGUGACCGGGACCUUGCCUGUGUUUAAUCUUACCAUGGACGGAAACCUACAGAACCAACUGAUUUUAGGUGUCAUGGGAGUGGACGUGCAUCUUGAUGAGAUAAAACGCCUGACACCCCGUUACACUCUUGGGGCCAAUGGUUACAUAUUUGCAAUGGACCCAAAUGGAUAUCUUCUGCUUCAUCCUAAUCUCCAGCCUAAGCUGGUGAACCUUCCAGAACCUGUAACGCUGGACUUCCUGGAUGCAGAAGUGCAGGACAGCAAUAAAGAGGAGAUCCGUCGGCAGAUGAUUGAUGGGCGUCCAGGUGACAUGCAGGUCAAAACUCUCAUCAAAUCUGUUGAAGAGCAAUACAUUGAUGAGGUAUACAGAGGUUACACCUGGACACCAAUAAAUGGUACAGAUUACAGUCUGGGGCUGGUUCUGCCGCCAUACAAUGAGUACUACAUCCAGGCGGACCUCAGUGACGUGAUGCUCCAACUGCAGUACAUGCAGUCGUUGCUGCCCAGCUCCUUUGAAUCUUCAGGCCAUGUCUUUCUGGCUCCAAGGGAAUACUGCAAGCGUCUGCAGCUUUCAGACAACAACACCCAGUUCUUGCAGAAUUUCCUCUCGCUCAUGUUGGAAAUUUCUCCUGAAUCGGACGAGUGUGACCAAGCGCUCAUUCACAACCUGAUAUUUGACUCCAGGAUCAUCGGGCAGCUGGCCUCACGAGUGUGGAAGAACAAGGAUCUUAAUUCAUAUGGCUUCCUGGCUGUGUUUGCGUCCACCGAUGGCGGCAUCACACGGGUCUUCCCCAACUUAGCUGCAGAGUUAUGGGAAGAGGAUCCUGAACCUUUCAAUUCAAACUACUAUCGACGCAGCCUGGACAACAAAGGUUACAUGUUCAGAGCGCCACCAAGAUCAUCUUUGGAUGACCUGUUAGGACCAGAAAACAGCACAGUUGGAAUCCUGGUUAGUUCAGCUGUGGAGGUUAAUCUAGGAGGCAAACUCCUCAAACCUGCUGUGGUGGGAGUGAAGCUGGACCUGGAAGCAUGGGUGGACAAAUUCAAGAUCCUGGCCAGCAAUGUGUCAGACAGUCGACAAGGCUCACAUAAGUGUGGACCAUCCAGGAGUUGUGAGAUGGACUGCGAGGUCAACACUGACGACCUCCUCUGCUACCUUGUCGACGAUGGUGGCUUCCUGGUUAUGUCCAAUCAAAGAGAUCACUGGAAAAAGAUAGGCCUAUUUUUUGGAGAGGUGGACCCUUACUUGAUGCACGCCCUCUACAACAACUCCAUCUUCAACCGACACCAGACUUUCCACUUUCAGUCAGCGUGUGAGCCGGUCAGCAGCAGCCACACAGGGGCAGCACCGAGACGUUUCUUUGUGCCGUCCAUUGCCGACAUGCUCAACUUGGCCUGGUGGACAUCUACAUUGGCCUGGUCGUUGAUGCAGCAGCUGCUUCACGGACUAGCGCACUACAGCUGGCUGCAGCAAGGUAAGAUCCUAGCAGAAGGCUUUGAGAUGAAAACCAGCAGCUGUGUGACUAUCCAGAGCCAGUUCUCCUUCACAAACACCACCAACUCGUACAACGUGCUGCAGGACUGUGGCAACUGCUCACGGCUAUUCCAUGCCAAGCGAAUAGAAAACACCAACCUCCUCUUUGUGGUUGCUGAGACGCUUCCAUGCAGCUCCUGUGAGAUAGAGAGACUAAGCCAAGUCAGGACCGUGUUCCAGGAGGAGAAUCCUUGUGACGUACUGAGCAAUGCACGAUAUCGGAGAGGCCCGACAAGCUGCCUGGACUACAGUGCCUUAGAGAAUACUUCCCAGUGUGGAGGGGCUCAUUUAUUGCAGCCCUCCAUGGUGGUUCUGCUUGUCCUUCAAAUCAUUCUUCCUUGCAUACACCUUUGACAGGUGCUGCCAACCAGUUUGCAGUACAAUGCUGUUGUGUUCCCUCUUCUGUCUGCCGGCUGUUCCAGCCUGCAGUGCCUUGUUCCACUCACUCUGGAUGUUACUUCCACAUCAUCCUGUAUCGUCAUCACUUUUUUUUUUUUAAACACAGGAAGAAGCGCGGAAGGAAAGGACUCUGCUUUAUGCCUUCUUCAAACUGUGGUUCAGUCAUGAAUCAAAGCACAGAUUUUUCGUACAUUUCUAAUACAUCACACACACACACACACACACACACACACACACACACACACACACACACACACACACACACACACCUGAUUCUGAAAGGCUGUGUCAUCUGUUGACUUAACAAGUGAAUGUGUAGGAUGUUUAUGGACAUGUCAGCCUGCUGUUGUGCAUCUCUGCUGUACCCAAGCAUGUAGGGGAAGGUUUGAUAAAACUUAGCAUUAAAAAUAUACUGAAAAAACAAACAAACAUAGCUUUUACCUUGCAGCAUUGAAUUUAAACAACACUGCUCUGAAAAAUGUUGAUUGCCUGCAAAGUAUUGAGAUCAGUGUUGUAUUUUUUAUUUUUUUUUUGCUUUGUUUUUUAAUGUGCAGUAUUUAUUUGCAUGGUCUUCGGAACACUUUCAACUUUUGUGUAUUAAUGUAUGAAACAUUCCUCCUGGUGUACAAAUGGUUGAGGAUCAACAUUUGACUUCAGUGAAGUUUAUCUGAUGAAUUGAUGCUGCCAGUUUAAGCACAAAUAGGUGUAAAGAAACAUACUGCCUGAUGUACCGUGUCAUUUAUUUAGCUCUUUAAAGGUGCCAGAUGUAAUAAUGUGGCCAGAAAUGAUACUGCAAUCACGGUCACACUUCUGUAGUCCCUUCCCACUCUCCAUGACUCAGGUCGCCAGAUACGCAGUCAAAUCCGAAUCCUACUCCAAGGAACUUCAAAUGCCAAGUGACAAGUCCUAAGUAGUAGGUUUCUCUUGUUUAUGCUCCUUGCAAGAUGGUUUACUAAGUCAUUAUGCCACAUUUUACUGAUGUCAAAUAGCCAAAUGUACUUGUAAAGUUACGCUGCAAUAUUUUUGUCAGGAGUCGGGACAGAUUGUUGGCAUUACCCUGCUAAAAUUUAUAGUUUGACCGCACGGACCACCAUGGAAAUAAUUAUAUAUAAUAAUAUAUUACAUAUCGCCUACUUUGAUAGCAAGCCAAGGCCAACACUAAAAUUACCGCCACAUUUCGUUUAGCAUAACUCCAUGUUGCAUUCAACCUGGCGCAUUGCAUUCUCUUCCAUGUACGCACAUCACCAUCUUUCAGGGCAGAGGGCAAUUUUAUGAGCCAACCCACUUUAUGCAUAAAUCAUACAGCCUACUACCAUGUCAAUACACAAAGUAGAAAAUCAUUAUAUGUAAUGCAGUAUAUUGUGCCAAGCAAAUACCACCCCAUACGUGCCUGAUGCACAUACAGUAGCAGAAACCGCAAUUAGCCGUGCUAAUGGUGGAACCCAUUUCCUCAGCGUAUCAGCAUAUUGAGAAGGAAAUAGGCACUGACACUACCCAUAUCCACAUUGGUUUUAUUUGUCGAUAAUAUAUUGUCAGUUGGAUGACACAUUGACAUACAGGCUAACGGGCAUAUAUUUCCCCCGUUAGCCUAUAUGUUGAUGUGUCAUUGACAUGCCAACUAAGCAUUAUACUGGGAGCUGAACAUCGCACUAUAAGCAACAUUGCACAAACAUACUAGCUUUGUUAGACAAGGUCAUAGACUGUAUUGGACAAAAUAGUUUACGGAUGAAAUGAGUAUUUCCAUUUAUUAAAAGUAAUAAGAAAACGUAAAUACCUUACCUAUCAAGGAGGAAAUUGGCAAGUUUGGCAUCGGAUGAAAACAUAUUCUCCACCUUUAAUCAUCUCCAUCUUUCAAAGGCAUCACCAUACAAAUCCUCAUUUUGUUCCUGGCUUUGUCAUGAAUAGGUUGAGAAUAAUAACGACGCCUUUUAUAUUUACUGAAGUCUGACAUGUUUAGUAACUUUACCAGUGGCAGUAGCUCGACGAAGAUGGCGGUAUGUAACUGGCAACCUGGAUGUGACACACUCACUGACUUUUUAAUUGGUCAAAACGGUAUAGGGCGGGGCAUCAAAAUGAAAACAAUAACAAUAUUUUGGGAAUGUAAAUCUAAGUUUGAAAUGACCAUAUCCUGGUUAAACUACCGUUAUCAGUUAUAGAGGUAUUUGAAAAGAACAUGAUUUGUUAAUGCCUUUUGACAUUUCAGAGCCAUUAAAUUAUUACAUAUGGCACCUUUAACUAAUUAUACCCUGGACAAAAUAAGGAAUGUUUUCCUUAUGAAAUUGAUGUAUUUGUUGCUUAAUCAAUUUAUACAUAUAUAAUGUGAAUUUUAGUUGAUUUAUGUCUUUCUUUGGCUCUUGUGUCAAAUAUUUGAAUAGCACACAAAUGUAUAAAAUGUGUAUGAAGCUUGUGUCAGCACAAUUUACAGGAAAAAAAAAUCUUACAAUUUAAAAAACGCUUAUGUCUACGUCCUAUCCAAAGAAUGUUGUUUCGCUUACGUUGUCGUAUUCGGGACAGAUUCCCACUCUCCGUGCCAGCCUCCCAUCAUGCCACUCCCAGUUUUGUAUGCAAAACAGUCAGCAGAAUACAAAAAGCUAACUUUGUAAACAUUUUGUCAGUCACAUUACAGAUGGAUAUUUAAAUGUUUAUAUCUUUGGUCAUUAAAUGCUAUUGAUAUUUUUCA